AUGAGUAAACGAACAAAUCCUAAAGCUGAGAAUCUGAAAAAUUGGACAAGGAGCGAGAAGUUCGAACUCUUACGGGCUCUUCAAGAAUUUGGUUCCGAUAUUGAACAAAUUGAUUAUUAUAUUUCGACUAAAAGUAGAAAAGAAAUUGAGCAAGCCAUUGAAUACUACAAAUCAAAAGCCUUACAAAAUCCUGAAGUUAUCAGGAAACGAAACCGGCGUAUAGCAAGUAAAUCUACUGCUCCAUUAACAAACUGGGCUUCAGCACUUUCAGAUAGUCGCAGUUUUGAAGAGCUGCAAACAGACACUGCCACUGCUUUGCGAUUAAUAGCAGAUUUCGAAGAUAAACCCCCAUUAGUGUCCACAGACAAAUAUGAUUUUAAAAGUGCAUAUCAAAUUCUGGCCAAUGCUUUGGAUGGUAAAGUAUUACCAAAUGAUAUUAAAUCGAAAAGUCUUGUGGAUAAGUGUGUUAUAGACACUGCAUAUUUCAGUACGACAUAUAAGAAACCUACAUUUAUUAAAGGUAUCUUAAGUAAUGUUACAUUUUCGGAAAGUGAUGUUUAUCUACCCCCUGAGUUAGGCGAAUCACCAGAAGAAAUGAAUUUAAGUUAUUUGAUACAACAGCGAGAAUAUAAUCCCUUAAAUUUAACAUUUAAUGAUAUACAUCAGAAAUUGAAAUAA